AUGUGGUUAUGGGCAAAACUUGUGAAUGGUUACGAUGGCCGUGCCGCUUUAGCUAAGCUAAUUAUAAAGGAAUGCGUUGAAAAAAAUAUAAUCAUCUCUCAGACUAUCGUAACCAGAACUAACGAAACUGAUUUUUUUUUGGAAAAAUAUUUAAGAGAAUUAUAG